UUUAUAAUAUUUGAACAGGAGUUAAAAUGAUUAAUAAAACGACUAGAAUGAUCGAAGUUAAAGCAGUCAGACUUCCUGAAGAUAGUACUGUGGAAAAAAUGAAGAAAGAAAUUGGCUACACAAAUAAAACCAAAACUAAUUUUCGUUUGGAGUGUUGUGGGCUCAUAUUAACGGAGUUAUAUUUUAUGGCUGUAAUUCUAACAACAGAUCAUGUUUGGAAAAUGUCAAACAUACAACAGAAUAUGCGUGAAACUGUUGGAUACUCAUAUGAUCGUCCUUUUAUUACAAGCAAUUAUAACUUUGGAUUGAGGUUCUUCUAUAUGUCUUGUACUAGCUUAUUAAUCUUCGUAAUUUCAUUUACAAAUAAAAUAGCAUGUCGGUACCUGCUUUUUUACAUGACGCUCUAUUUUUACCUAACAAUGAAACUAUUACUCAAUAUACUACAUAUAUGGCAUUGCUUACGUUUGUUGGAUAUUGAUCCACAGCAAAUUAUCAAGAUUGUUGGUAUUGGUUUUUUGAUAGUCACUUUUAAACUAAUUUUAAACUAUCGUCUAUUGAAAUUUUAUCAUCUCCAAACGAGGUACCUAUAUUUUUUAAAAAUAGUUCGCCCGCAUGAUUAUCAAAAUUACUAAUAUGCAGUAAGUUUAAAGAGAGUUAUGUGAAAUACAUUAGUAAAACAACAUUAAUCACAAAGAUACAAAUAUAUAUAUUUAUAUAUAUAUAUAUAUAUGAAUACUUGAAUUAUUUUUCAACACCAAAUAAAUAAAAUUUUAAACUUCAAGAACCAACUGCUAUCAAGGAUGGAUUGUCGUUUCACGAAUCAUCCAUAUUUGGAAUUACCAGAAGAAACAAGAUUAAUUAAAACACAACAAUAUUAAUUUAUAUUACUUUGAUUUAAUUAAAUUUGUAACAUCAAGUAAUACUUUAUUUAAUACCCAAUGGAAUCCUUAACACGCCGAUUAUAUAUAUACACCACCUUCCCAAGUCGAAUGUCUGGUUAUAUAUUCCUUAUAAAGCGACAACUCAACGACUAAUAAAACCUUUCCUAAUAAUUAUUUUCUAUUAGACGCAAACAGAAGAUUAUAUCAUUGGUCAUGUUUUGAUGUUGUGAUUUAAAUUUAUUUUUGCCCAAGAUUAUAUAUUUUAUUAUAA